AUAAAAUAUUCGAUUGUCAAAUUUAUUUACAAUCAUUCUAAAAGUAAUUAAAAGUAUUUUUUAAAAAACAAAUACUCAAGAUGAGCUGCUUCGACAACUUAUCUAUGCCGAGCUGUAUUUGGUUCGAAAGUGGAGAAAAACGGAACAUCCUAGCCUCUAUCUUCGCAGGUUUACUGUUUUUCACUGGCUGGUGGUUCAUUAUUGAUGCAGCAUCAGUGUAUCCAGGAGAGUUGCCAAAUGCAGCUCAUGUGUGCGGUGUGAUGGCCACACUUUCUCUACUCAUGGUCAACUCGGUGUCUAAUGCUCAGGUCCGAGGAGAAACCUACACAGGUGGUUGUAUGGGCCCACGCGGGGCUCGGCUCUGGCUGUUCCUCGGUUUCGUGGUGGGCUUUGCGUCACUCAUCGCCGCCUGCUGGAUACUGUUUGCAAACUACGUUAAUGCAGGUAGCAGCAAACACACGUGGCCAGGUGUGAGCCUAUUCAUGCAAAAUGCUUUUAUUUUCGCUGGAUCAUUAGUGUUUAAAUUUGGUCGCACUGAGGAUGUUUGGGGUUAGAUGGAGUCUCAAAAUGCAAAACUAUGUUCUUUAAUUAAUUUGCAUAAAAUAAUCUCGUUUAUAUCUUAAGAUUUGCAAACAAUAAACAAUAAAACUUCACAGAAUGAA